AUGUCGCAAUCUUUCACCAUUCACUAUUUCGCCUCGGCAUCGCAAUAUACUUCAAAACACACUGAAUCUUUACCUGCCCCGCAGCAACUUUCCUCCCUCUUCGGCGAGCUGGAGAAGCGGUACCCUGGGAUUGUCGCCAAGGUCCUCUCUUGCUGUGGUAUCAGUUUGAACGGGGAAUACGUUGAUAUCGAGGAGGAUGUGGACGUCGUGAUUGAAGCUGGUGCAGAGGUAGCGGUGAUUCCGCCCGUGAGCUCGGGGUGA